AAGACAAUAGCUUGUUUGUACUAACACUGUACUGUUCACUCUCUUCUCUCUCUUCUCUCUCUGUCACUCUAUCUGUGUCUUUGGAUUAUUUAGGAUUUUUGCCUUAAAAGAGUCAACACUCUGUUUCUUUGGAUCUGAGAUAAGAAAAAGAAAAAAGAAAGUUGAUAAAUUUUUCACUGAAAUCCUAGGUAUCUGUGCAUAACUUAAUAGUGGAGUUAAGGGGAACAACAUGCCUUGGUUGAAUCGAUCAGUUGAUGUGUUCCGCAAUGUUUUACGAUUGAAUUUGUAUUGCAGGGUUAUUCUGUAAAUCUCUACUCAUAGAAAACCUUAAUCUUCAGACACUUGGCUUGUCAUUCUUUUCAAAUCAUUCAUGGGAUCCAUUUAUUAUCUUGUUUACCUUCGUGAGAUUAGUAGAAUUAGCUGAGAUACUAGGAAAACUUACUUCAAGUAGAAGCUCUAUUUGUUAGUCUCUUGCUUUUAUCCUCCUCAGUCUGUAUCCUGUUUUGUAGUUGCUAAACCAAUCAAUACGUAUUUUUCAGAUCAAACUUACCAUUUUCUUCCUUCCUUCUAAUAGAUAUUUGUUUGAGCCAUUAAUAUAUCUGAUUAGAUCAAGUGAGGGGUCAAAAGAAGUUAUGGUUUUCCAAGCAGCUAGUCAAACAAGAUUUCGGGCGUUAAAGUAUGAGAAUGGAAUUGCUGGAAAACCAACCAUUAUAGUCAGAGUCAUUGCAUGCUAUCAACCAUUGCAGGAUUGCCAGGCUGAAUACUUCCGUCAUUUGCUUAAACCCGUCACGUAGAUUGAUUAGGCGCUCGUGUUAUAUUAUCAAGCUGGAAUUUGUAGUUUUUCCUUUUUCUUCUGUUGUUCCUGAAAAAAGCAGCUAAGUGAUUCCAUAUAGCAUAUUGCAGCUCAAAUCAAGAUUAUUAUUUUGGUUGGAUGGUUAAGGCCAACAACUCGUGGCUCUUCCCGCCGCAUGAAACUUGGGAAUUGUCAGAUUUCAAUUGCAUGAGCACAUCAUUAGAGCCUGUUCAACCAGGAUGUCUGCCAGCAUUUGUGAGCCAUGGCACGCCCACAAAUAUGAUGAUGCCCAGAAUUUCAGUCCCAACUUAUCCAAGUCUGAGGACACAACAAAGCAUUGGAGCCCAAGGGCUGCCUCAAAGUAAGGCCCCUCCUUUCCAUCAAGUGCUUCCUGCUAUUGAUUCAUAUCCCAAAGAAAGCUUACCUGCGUUCAAUUAUGGAUUUUCUGGGGAGAGUGCACUAAAUGCAGUCCCUGCAUGCCAGCGGAAAUUCGUUAUCUUUGACCAGUCUGGGAACGAAACAAAGUUAAUAUAUAGUUCCUUUUUUCCUACUGGUGCAAAACCUACUAUAGCUGCUUCAAGACCAACUGCCGGUUCUUAUUUACGCAGUGAAGAACAUGCAGCUAAACUUGAUGGAAUCAAUCUAAUAAUGCCGAAGUUGCAAGAAGUAUCAGAUGAGAAUUACUUCAGUGGUGAAGAAAGUGAGAUGCAUGAAGACACUGAAGAAAUUGAUGCCUUACUUUACUCAGAUGACAAUGAUGAUGAUUAUGAUGAUGAUGAAGUAAUAAGCACUGGUCACUCUCCCUCUCUGAUUAGAAAUUAUGGGAUGCAAGGACAAGUAGAAGAAAUAACUGAGGAAGUUACUGAUUCCGCUGGACAAAACAAAAGGCAAAAAUUACUAGAUGGUGGGUACAAAAGAUCAUCACUAACCGACACUGCUAGCUCGACAAAAGUGGCCAUGGCUCAUGGAUAUGAUUGUGAUGAUGCAGAAUCUAGCUGUGCUAUUGGCCAAAAUCACAAAGAGUUAAGGCUGGCCAUUUUAGGCAAAGAGCAAUUGAAAAAGGAUAAGAUUCGCUCAACAUUGAAAAUUUUGGAGAGCAUAAUCCCUGGUGUGAAGGACAAGGAUCCAUUGUUGGUCCUUGAUGUAGCUAUAGAUUACUUGAAGUCUUUGAAGCUCAGUGCCAAAACACUAGGAGUAAACUACAGUUAAAUUUCAUUCCCUCCUUCAAAUAGUAGUAUGUUGGCUAGUGGGUGGAAGGAAGAAUGAAAAAGAGAAAAAAAAGAAGCAGCAAUCCAGGAAUUCUUCUUGGCUUGAAUGAUUAAUUAGUUUGAAAUCACUAUAUUAGCUUUUUUCUCAUGUGGGGUUCCUUUUCAACGUUUUUUUUUCCUCAAGAGCUGUAUAUAAUGUGCCAAUAAAAGGAAAGUGGUGGGUUGAUGAUGUGCAGUUUGCUUGCAGGGGUUGGAGGAGAAGAAAAAAUGUAGUUUUGUUUUGUUGACCAGAAAUGAUUAUCCUUUAGCUUUAUUGGAGAUUAAAGGUUAACAAAAGUCACAAAGAUUAGAGCGCAUGGGUUGACGCUAGUGGUGGGCUGUGGUGUAUGUGAGGACUUUUUUUUCCUCAAGUGUUGAGACCCCCUAUGGAUUUAGUGCAUGCGCGUUGGGUAAUUCUGGUCCCACUACGCACCCUCUGCCUCUCUCUCUCUCUCUCUCUCUCUCUCUUUCUUUUCUCUGAUUUUAUGCAUUUGUCUUCCUCUUUUCUGCCCUGAUACAGAUAAUGUUGGUAUUAAACCCUCUAUUAAAGUACCAAGAAAGUUUUAGAUAUGGAAGAAUACUGUGGACAAGCAUGGUAUCUUGCUAUGAAUUGUUGGGCUCCACCUCUUUGAUCAGAUCUUCAUUUACUUUAACUACGGUACUUUGUACAGUAUGUUGUGGGCAUGUGAAGAUGGUUAUCAAGUGAAAGUCCUUGGUAACCAAGGUGGGAUUAUCAGCUUUGUGUGUAUUAUUACCAGUUGUGGGUGUGAGUUUGGUGGUUUCUUUUAUGUAGUAUUGAGAGAUGGAGUUGAAUAAUGUGUUUCAUCUUGGCUGUUUGCUCUUUUGUUUUUCUUCCUGUUGUCUUAUUUAUGAAUGUUUUAUUUGUGUCUUUAUUGAAAAGAGAACAUGAUGUGCUGUGAUUUUCUUUUAAUAAUAUAGAGCUAUGGUUUUUUCUUGU